AUGGAAGAAGAGUCUGCCAGUGAACCGUCGAGAUCAGGCUUUGUCCUGGCUGACUACGCUGUCUUUGCUGCCAUGUUGUUGAUCUCUAUGGCCAUAGGAAUCUUCCAGGCCCUGCGGAGGAGCCCAAGGAACGCCAGUGCUGAUGACUUCUUCACCGGCGGUCGCAGCAUGCCAGCAGUGCCUGUGGGGCUGUCGCUCUGUGCCAGUUUUAUGUCAGCAGUCCAGGUUCUGGGUGUUCCUGCUGAGGCUUCCCGCUAUGGCUUUAAAUUCCUCUACAUGUGCCUCGGACAAAGCAUCAACUCCCUGCUGACAGCUUACCUCUUCCUGCCAGUUUUCUUUCGACUGGGCAUCACCAGCACCAAUCAGUAUCUGAGGAUGAGAUUUGGCAGAGGGAUGCAGCUGUUGGGGAGUGUCCAGUUUCUUGUGGCAACGCUGCUUUACACAGGGAUUGUCAUCUAUGCGCCAGCCUUGAUCCUCAACCAAGCUACUGGACUCAGUAUGUGGGUGUCUUUGUUUUCUACUGGGAUCAUUUGCACCCUGUAUACCACACUGGGUGGUAUGAAAGCUGUGAUCUGGACCGAUGUGUUCCAGAUCAUUGUCAUGUUGUCCGGCUUUGUGGCCGUCUUCAUCCACGGCACAGUUCUGGUUGGUGGUCCUGCAGCGGUGCUGGAGAUCGCCAAGAAUGGAUCGCGCAUCAAUUUCAACGAAUUUGAUGUUGACCCGCGGCAGCGCUAUACCUUCUGGAGCCUGUCUGUCGGGGGUGCAUUGGUUUGGCUCUCCAUGUACGGUGUAAACCAAGCUCAAGUGCAGCGCUACAUCUCCUGCAGAACAGAGAGAGAGGCCCAGUGGGCGCUGUUUGUGAACCAAGUGGGUCUGUGCCUCAUUGUGAGCAGUGCCGGAACAUGCGGCAUCGUGAUGUUUGCAUAUUACAUCAACUGUGAUCCGCUAAAGUCUGGGAGAAUAUCAGCUACUGAUCUGUAUAUGCCAUACUUUGUGUUGGACAUAUUCAGAAGUCACCCAGGCUUUCCAGGUCUUUUCCUUGCCUGUGCAUACAGCGGGACUCUGAGCACGGCCUCCACAAGUAUCAACGCUAUGGCUGCAGUAACAGUGGAGGAUCUGCUGCGACCUCAUCUGGUCCACAUGACCCAGAAGAAACUGAUUCUUGUUUCCAAAGGACUGUCUUUCCUGUAUGGAGUUGGUUGUAUCACCGUAGCUGCUCUCUCCUCCCUCCUGGACUGGGGAGUUCUGCAGGCAUCAUUUACUGUCAUGGGUGUGGUCAGCGGUCCUUUACUGGGCGUAUUCAUUUUGGGGAUGUUUGUUCCAGCAACGAACAGGCUGGGGGCAUUCUCGGGAAUAUUAGUGGGCUUCUGCGUCUCUCUGUGGCUGGCUGUCGGCUCGACUCUUUACCCACCCAGUGAGGAGACGAUGGGUGUCUUGCCUAGUUACGCAGGCAAGUGUCGUCCUAGCAACAUCACCCUGGACAGCAGCUCUAACCAGGACCAGCACUCCAUCUCCACCCCGCUUCACCCCAAUAACCAGGGGGGCCUGCAAAACUUCUACUCCAUGUCCUACCUCUACUUUGGUGCCAUGGCGACUAGUUCGGUUGUACUAGUUGGGCUGAUAGUGAGUUAUGCAACAGGACCAACAAAAAGGAAUCAUAUUAAAAAGGGUUUAUUGUGGUGGGACCUGAAUAAAAAGCAACUGGAGGUCCCAUUAGAGCUCAGAACUGGAACAAUGUCCAGGAUGUUUCCCUGUCUUCUGCACACUGCAUGCUGGGAUACGCUGCAGCCGCCCGAGAGCCUUAAUAGGAGUAACAGGGGAGACAAGGCGACAGAGAAACCACAGCUUGUGCCUUUGAGGAACCUGCACAAAGAGGACGUGAAUGAAAAAGAAGAACUGAGAGAUGAUGAGAAUAUUAAACCACCACACGAACUGUAGGUGUUGGACCAGUGAAGAAGUUUUAUUCCAAAUAGCACUAAUGACAGUGACAUUUCCUCUUUAGUAUCAGUUAUCAUUUAUAGUACUAGUCUUUUUUUCUUUUCAAUUCAAAAAUUUAAUUCCUAAAGUUUUGUCUUUGCAUCUUUUGAAAGCUAUUUUAAAAAUGUAUGCUUUAAAAUGUGAUUGAAUAAAGAAACCUUUUAUUAUUGGGCUUAGGAAAAUUUAGACUGUAAUCAAAUACGCCUCAGGUGUUAUUUGAAUUCCUUUAAAUGUUGAAAGGCUCUUUCAUCAGGACAUUCAUUUUGGUAUGUUCCAUAUCUGUAACGAUGCACACCUGUGCUUCAGCCGGAGUUCAUGGAUAUGUGACAGGCAGCCUGAGGUAAAGGGAGUCUGGUCUGUGUGUGUACGUUAAUGGCGAUCCAACUCUUCCUUUCCUCGUUCUCCACUCUCUGAUCAUAUCUUCGCAUUAUGUAUCUUACUGGAAAAGGAAGUGUCAGACACAAUAGGUCGUAAAAAAAAUAUUGGAUCAGACUGCUGCCAAUUGCUGCCUGUUAAUUAAACAAAAUA